AUGGACUUAAUGAAUUGUAUCUUUCGUGCCUACAUUGAUCACUUCGUGGUUGUUUUUGUAGAUGAUAUUUUUAUAUACCCACAUUCGGAGGAUGAACACCAAUCUCAUCUUACUAUCGUUCUUGAACUCUUGAGAGAACACCGUUUGUAUGCUAAGCUUAGUAAGUGUGAGUUUUGGUUUUCCAUUGUUAAAUUCUUGAGUCACGUGGUUUCGAAUGGUGGAAUGUCCGUUGAUCCGAGGAAAGUAGAGUCCGUUAUGAAUUGGCAGCGACCAAAAUAUGUGUUCGAGGUUCGUAGUUUCUUGGGUUUGGCAGGGUAUUAUCGCAGUUUCAUCCAAGACUUUUCGCGUCUAGUGGCACCUAUGACUAGAUUGACACAAAAGGGGACACGUUUUAUUUGGAGUGACGCAUAUGAGACAACAUUUGAAGAGUUGAAAAAGCAGUUGACUACCAUGCCUGUUUUGACUGUGCCCGGAUGUGGAGUUGGCUACUCCGUUUAUUGUGACACUUCGAAAGAAGGGCUUGGGUGCAUUUUGAUGCAAUCGGGGAAAGUGGUAGCGUAUGGGUCACGACAAUUGAAAAAUCAUGAACGGAACUAUAUACCCUACUCAUGA